GAGAUCGUUCACCUUGAUUCUCCAGGCCAUGGAUCACAACAAUUUUUCAUCACCAGGAGAAGACAGUAUCAUAGAAGAAGCCAACUAUUCGGGGAUAAUAGAUCCCAGUCCCGAAUGGCACACAUUGAAUCAUAACGUUGCUGCUCGACCAAGGAUAACCUACAGGGUGAGAGUGAAAUGCGACAUCCACUAUUACAACGCCACAUGUACGAAAUUCUGCAGACCACGUGACGAUAAGUUCGGACAUUACACGUGCGACAGCAACGGAGAUAAGGAGUGUAUAGAGGGGUGGAAGGGAUCCACCUGUGAAGUUGCUGUCUGUAAACCAGGAUGUCAUCCUGUGCAUGGAAACUGCAACUACCCUGGAGAAUGCAAUUGCCGUCCAGGCUGGAAAGGAGACUUCUGCGACCAAUGCGAGCCCUAUCCAGGCUGCAAACAUGGAUAUUGCAACGGAUCAUCCUGGCAGUGCAUUUGUGAUACAAACUGGGGCGGAAUACUAUGCGAUCAAGAUCUAAACUACUGUGGAACGCACGAGCCAUGCUUGAACGGCGGCACGUGCGAAAACACUGCCCCCGACAAGUAUUUUUGCACCUGUCCCGAAGGUUUUUCCGGUGCAAACUGCGAGGUGGUGGACAACCCCUGCGCCCCAGCACCGUGCCUCCAUGGGGGCACUUGUUUAGAAGCAGGGGGCUCCUUUAACUGCGAAUGCGGACCCGGCUGGACAGGCCCCACCUGUAACAUCGACAUUGAUGAAUGCGCCUCGGCCCCGUGUCAAAACGGCGGUACGUGCGUGGACCUCGAGAACUCUUUCAAAUGCGAAUGUUCCGCGGCCUGGGAGGGUCACGUAUGCCAAAUUGACGCGGACGAGUGCCUAACGAACCCGUGCAUCAACGCGGUGUCCUGCACAAAUUUGGUCGGCGAUUAUCAGUGCAAAUGUCGAGUGGGCUGGACGGGGCAGAAUUGCGACCAAAACAUCAACGACUGCGUCGGACAGUGUCAACACGGCGCGACCUGCAUCGACCUCGUCAACGACUAUCACUGCGCCUGUCAACCUGGAUACACAGGACGAGAUUGCCAUACCGAUAUCGACGACUGCGCCUCCAAUCCGUGCAAAAACGGGGGGGAAUGCGUCGAUCAAAUCAACGGGUACCGGUGCAUUUGUCCGGUCGGCAUCACUGGACACGAAUGCGAGAACGACUUCGAUCAUUGCAAUCCGGACCCUUGUCAAAAUGGAGCACCGUGUUUCAAGGCUCAGGGAGAUUAUUACUGUCACUGCCCCGAAGGCUGGCAAGGAAAGAACUGCAGUCAGCACAGAUUAACGUGUGAAAAUCCGCCAUGUAACGGUUUCGAUAGUUGCGCCGUGGUUUCAGUCGGUGGCAGUCGUUCUUCAGCCCCCAGUUUAUGCGGUGAGAAUGGACACUGCGUUAAACAAGAAAACGACGUCUACAAAUGCCAAUGUUCACCGGGGUACAAAGGAAAAUACUGCCACGAGAAUAUCAAUGAUUGUGAGGAUCAUCCGUGCAAAAAUGGAGGAACCUGCGUGGAUAAAGUGAGCGCUUUCCAGUGUAUUUGCAACGAGGGAUGGGAAGGAGCUUUAUGUAGCAUAAAUACCGAUGACUGCGGCAACAAUCCUUGCCGUAACAACGGCUCCUGCAUUGACGGGGUGGCAGAUUUCGAAUGCGAGUGCAAGAACGGGUGGAAGGGUAAAAGUUGCUCGCUAAAAGACAGCCACUGCGACCACGCGACCUGCAAAAACGGGGGCACCUGCCAAGAUUUGGGCAACACCUUCGUGUGCUCUUGCCCGUCCGAGUGGGAGGGCACCACUUGCCACCUGGCCAAGCAAACCAAGUGCAGGUCGAAUCCCUGCUUGAACGGGGGCACUUGCGUGAACACUGGCGACUAUUAUCAGUGCAUAUGCAGGGACGGUUUCGAGGGGAACCAUUGUCAAGACGACGUGAACGACUGCAUCCCGCAACCUUGCUACAACGGCGGAAAGUGCAUAGACGGCGUCAACUGGUUCUUGUGCGAAUGCGCUCUGGGAUUCACAGGACCCGACUGCAGAAUAAACAUCAACGACUGCGCUUCAAAUCCCUGCGGCUAUGGGGGAACCUGCAUCGAUGGUAUCGGGGAUUUUAGGUGCAUUUGUCCGCCUGGGAGGAGCGGGAAAAUUUGCAACAUGGACGAUCUUUCUUACCUGCCAUCACCCGGAAGUUGCACAUGGAGAGGGCACAUGUUGGAAAACAACGUGACCUGGCAACACGAGUGCAACACGUGCAUGUGUUACAACGGGAUCGUGAAGUGCACGAAAAUUUGGUGCGGACUCGGCAACUGCCGCACCUCGAACCAACAGAUGUGCAGCGCGAACCAGGUCUGCGUGCCGUCUCCGUCGGAGUCCUGCCUGUCGCCUCCCUGCUUUCCCUACGGCGAGUGCAGGGAUCUGGAGAGCGGGAGGCGCGUGAAACCGCCGACGGUUCCGAGUCCGAGCACCUGCUGGCCCAAUCAGGCCGUUCUGAGCAACACGUGCGCCCGACUGACGCUCCUGCUGGACAGGGCGAAGCUGCCCGAAGGAGUGACGGUGGAGGGUCUGUGCGGCGACUUGAGGAGGCUUCUGGCCAACCAGCAGGCCAGCGACGGGCUGCAGGACGAGCUGUUCCUGCUGUGCGAUCUCAAGGCCGACUACAACGAUACCGUGGAAGUUACUCUGUACGGAAGCAACUGGGUUUUGGACGGAAUUCGCGUCGUGGGCGAAGCCAUAUCGCGAAAACAAACCUCGCUGCUGGCUUUAACCUCCAUCGUGGAGGUCAAAGUGGAAACGGCGUUGGUGUCGGAAGAGCAACAAAGCAACAAGUACUUCAUAGCGUUGAUAUGCUUCAUAAUAAUCGGGUUAUUCGCGGCGGGCUUCAUCGGUCUGCUGUACUUGCGUCAGCGCAGAAGAAACCUGGGUUUGAGCGGUAUAAACCUAAGCCCGUCAGCUGAUUCUUGUCAUAGAAACCACGAGGACGAGAAGUCGAAUAAUUUGCAGAAUGAGGAGAAUUUGAGGAGGUACACGAAUCCUUUAAAGGACGAUGUUGGGAGUAUGGCGAGCAUAAAUUCAGCUGGGGCUUGCGGAUUGGAUUUGCCCAAGGUCAGCGUGGUGCGUCCGCUGUCGAUGAUUCCGCACGACGCCUCCAGCGAGAUGCUGGAGAUGAUAUCGGAGGUGGAGUGUCCGGGCGGAAGGAAAACGAUGCUCGUGCUGCCGGGCACGAGCUCUGACGCUAGUGGGGGGAAGCUGGGCGACUUGAAGCUGGGCGACGGGCUCGGCUCGGCGCACCGCAGCAGCCAGAUCAUGCUGUACAAGGCGCAGAACCCGGACGUGCGGAAGAAUACGGCCGCGUUCGACGACAUGUCGGCGCACAAAGACUUUAGCAAAAGUAUUAUUAACGUUAACAAGCAAAGGACUCAGCAGAACGCUAGCGGAAGUGUCGACGUGCUAACGGUGCUUGUGUAA